UUGUUUUCUCUUUUUUGUGUUUAUAUAGAUACGAUGUCAACCCCUAAUAGGCAACGAGAGGCUGAUGAAGAAUUCCAGGAGUUAUAUUUAAACAACAAAGUAUCUUCUGUGGGUGAUACUUCAGAUAGUAGCUCAACAUCCAAUCGGAAGAAACGAGAGCAUUCGCGGAACAUCAAGUUAGAAAAAUACGUCCAAAAACAUGGGAUAAUUAUAAUCGUGAUAAAUGAGGGGGAGACGAAACCGAUAUCUAAACAUUCGGUACGAUUUAGUAAUGCGAUCGGCGUCGCUGUGAGAUUUGCAUUUCCAGUACAUUGUCGUACUUUUACUGAGGUUCCAAACGAGUUCAUAGAAUUGGCUAAAAUUCAAUUAUUGGCUCAUUUCAAACUUGAUCUAUCUAGUCAACGACUUAACCGUUUUAUAGAACAUCAAAUGCAAAACUCCUUCAAAGAAUUUAGAGCAGAUUUGAACAGACAUUACAGAAAAUGUGGAAAUCCUCAGCAAGUAUGUGCCAGUUUGCCUAGUUGGCUUAAAAAUAGGCCAGAAGAUUGGGACUUUUUGUGUGACCGCUUCAAAAGUGAAGCAUUUCAGGAAAUGUCUGUGACGAACAGCAAAAAUAGAGCGAAAUACCGUUCGACCACAUAGGUGGAUCGAAGUCAUUCCUGCAAAUUCAGGCAGAUUUACAGGCAAAGGAGGGUCGAGAAAUAGGACGUGUUCACCUAUUUAGGGAAACACACUCUAAAGGUAGCAAGUUUGUGAAUGAGGCAGCUGAAAAUGAACAUGUAACAUUUUUUUGCUUUUCUUACGAUUACGGGGUUCAUUCGAAUAUGAAAUCCAAUCCUGGAAAUACAGCAUCCCACUUUUUUUUACUACCCAAGGCUUCGACACAUUUCGAAAUCGAGAAAUUUCUACCGGAGCAGGUGCUAAUCAAUUCUCGGGCUCCGCUGUUAUCUGCUACAUUCAAAAGGGUUUAUCGUGUUUUUUUUUUCAUUUUUAACUUUAGUCGCUCGUUCUUACCCAUUUAAUUAUUAUGUCUAGCAUCAAAUGUUGGAAUUACAAUCCAACCUCACUCUAAAAGGUUCUCAACCACUAACAGGGGAUGAAAUCUGUGAAACGAUUUUAGGUAGACGAUACGGAUAUUCAAAAGGUCUAGGUUGGGGCCCUAAGCCUAAGUCAAGAAGGAGUAGCAUCUCAUCAAGCUCGUCAUCUACUCAAGGAAUGGAGGCGGGAAUAGAGGAAUUGAGAGUCAAUUUCCAACAAUCUCAGUCGAGGAUUAAGGAACUUGAAGACGUUCAGAAAAGAAUGCAAGAGAAUCAUACAAGACAAAUAGAAGAAAUGAAAAAAAAUGAUUAAAGACAUGGUACGAUCAUAUAGAGGAGACCCAUCA